AUGGAGGUGCAUAAGCUCGAAAGUUGUUACUACGGGCCUUACCAAGUGAUGGAGCGCAUUGACAAUGUUUCUUAUCGACUCGACUUGCCGGAGGAGUCCCAAAUUCACUCAGUCAUUCACAUCUCGCAAAUGAAGAAAUGUUUGGGCAAAGCGCACAAGAUGGGGACUCGGCUACCCGCCAUGGCUUCGGAUGGGAAACUUAUCUUUCAGCCAAGACAUGAUUUAGAAUAUCGCAAAGUGAAAAAAACUGGUCGGUUCCAUUGGAAAGUCCUGAUAGAAUGGGACAAAUUGAUAAAGAAUGCUUAUAGUCGCGCAUAUCAUGCGCCCAAGAGGGAGACUCGAGCAGCGGCAGAAGCACACGCAGCGAGGCAUGCGCGAAACGUAUGCGCUGAGCGUGAUGUAUGCGCAAGCAGAGCGCGGACGGGCACUGGGAAGGCGAUUAGGGGCCAGGCGAGCGCGGACGCGCGUGAAGACGAUCCGAGACUUCCGCGCGCGGGCGAGACGAUGCGUCACGGAAUAGCACGCGCGACAGCCGGCGGGCCGCGCAAGGCAAAACGCCGAGUAAGCUGCUCCGCUCCGCCUCCUAGUCGUUGCCUCCACAUCGACUCCGCUUCCCUUCGCUUCGCGCCACCAUCACCCCAACAGCAGCACAGAUCUCUCUUUAGGCCAUUGCUUCAAUUAUCAGAUACUGAGACUAAGAAGACAAAGAAGAAAAAAAGCAUUCUAUCAAGGAUAUGGGAUGCACUAUUUAGAGUACAUAGAGAUGAUUUCCAGAAGAGAUUGGAACAUAUAUCUAAGAAAGAGGCAGCUGUUCUUGCCAGAAUCACUAAGCGUUCUCGUAGUUGCCGGAGGAUGACAAGGCACUUUAUUAUAUUUUCUGUUCUUAUUGAGGUUAUUGCAGUGGGUUAUGCUGUCAUGACCACAAGAUCUUUAAACUUGAACUGGCAAGUUAGAGCUUUGCGAGUCUUACCUAUGUUUUUGCUACCCGCAUUGUCUUUCAUUACUUAUUCAACACUAAGAAGCUUCUCAAGGAUGCGUGACAGGAAGGACCACAAGACUUUGGACAAGCUUCGGGCAGAGAGGCAAGCCAAAAUUGACGAAUUGAAAGAGAAGACAAAUUACUACAUCACUCAACAGCUAAUACAGAGGUACGACCCGGAUCCAGCAGCCAAAGCAGCUGCAGCCACAGUGCUAGCAUCAAAGUUGGGUGCAGAUUCUGGUCUCAAGGUAUAUGUGGCGGACGAUCCCAACCCCAGUGCCCUAACUGGAAAGAGCAAUGAUGUUGAGCUGACAUCCAAUACUGCUGGUUUGAGACAUAGAAAACAGCCGCACAAGAAACCCAGUAGCAUAGAAAGCGGGCCUGUGAGUCAACCUGAAGGAGAAAUGGUUAAUCCUGCUAGGUUUGAGGUGGCUGACUUGUCUCUGCAGAAUCAGUUUGUUGUCGAGCAUCACCCUCAAGCAGGUUUGACCUCGAACGAAGGAGGAUGGAUUGCCCGACUAGCUGCCUUGCUUGUGGGGGAGGAUCCAACCCAGUCUUAUGCGCUUAUUUGUGGAAAUUGCCACAUGCACAAUGGGCUUGCAAGGAAAGAAGACUUUCCAUACGUCACUUACUACUGCCCGCAUUGCAAUGCAUUGAAUAGGCCAAAGCAAUCUGAUGAUCGUGUUUCUGUUUCUGAUUUCCCUACUCCAACCUCUUUGGAAAUGAAUGUGGAUAAUGCAGUUGUUGGGAGACCUUGUGGCUCGACUGUGGACAAGGUUUCUCCAAGUGCUAGUCCUGUCGCUGAUGAUACCGUGGACAAGGUUUCUUCAAGUGCUAGUCCUGUAGCUGAUGCUUCCGUGACUUCUGAAAGCUGAAUUGUGUCUUUAUUAUUCGAAUUAACAAUUGAUAUAUGCAUUUUUGUACAAGUAUGUUGAAUUCAUAUAGAUGCAAGAUGCUUGCAAGAAUUUUGAUUGCUGGGGAAAUUUAAGAAGGUUUUCCCUUUUAAUUUGUGCCCCAAGUUGGUUUAGGUAUACAUUUUUAUACCUGAACUGUGUUUUAUUUACAAGAUUUAGGAGCUUGUUUGACAAUCUGCCUAAUUUAUACUGAAGGAUUGCAACUCGUGUAUCAACAAGGUUUUCUUUCUCUUCUCAAUG